CAGGUACUCAAUGAUUACUCUCAGCUCUAUAUAAAGGCCAUAACCAAGUGUCUUUCUGUGCAAAACCCAAAUCAAAUAAGCAGAUCGAUUACUCACUACAAAAGUAGCAAGUAUGGCCAGAUUUGAAGUCUCUGCACGUGGGUUUGCUUUCACGGUGCUACUGGUAUCCAUGGUGGUGACUACUCCUUAUGCCACUAAUGCAACCAUAACUUGUGGUGAGGUGACCGCCUUACUCACUCCUUGCAUUCCAUUUGGAGUGUUGGGAGGGAUUGUGCCACCAGAUUGUUGUGCCGGGAUCAAAGGGCUCAACGCUGCACAAAAUACAACAGAGGAUCGAAGAAUUGCUUGUACUUGCAUUCAAGAAGGAGCAGCUAGGAUUCCUCUGAUUGAUUAUGAUCGUAUAAACACGCUCGGCGAUCUUUGUGGUUCUCCUUGUCCCUACAAAGUUUAUCCAUCUACUGACUGCUCUCAGGUAAGCUGAAUCUAUCGAAGGCACUAUCCAAGUGAGACUAGCUAGGAGAAUACGAAUAAAGCUUCCGGGAAGAUUUCGUGACACCUAGAGAAGUGUCAUCUAUUUGUAGCACAAUAAUUUGUGGUAUUUUUUUUUUU